AUGUCGACGGUCGGUGCACAACAAAUGGUCGACAUGUUUCAUCAACGAUGCGGUCAUCGUGUAACUUUGACAAACAACAAUCGCACGGCCGUACGGGAUGUUUCAGAAUAUAAUUACGGGUUGGUUCUCAGCGCGGAGCCGCUCAAUAAUGAAGAACUUUUCGAAGUUCGCAUCGAUAGAAAGAUGAUAUCUUGGAGUGGUAGCAUAGAAAUUGGAGUAACAGUAUGUGAUCCAGAAAUAAUAGAAUUACCAGCAUGUGCUACUAAUCUAUGUCAAGGAACAUGGAUUAUGACCAAUUCUGGUAUUGUUCACGAUGGAAUACGGUCAGUAGAAAUAUAUGGAAUGGAUCUGAAUGAAUUAGAACAAGGAAGUACUUUAGGAGUACUGAGGACAUCUAACCAUGAGCUGAUAUUUUACAUCAAUGGUGUCUCUCAAGGUGUAGCUGUAUCCAAUAUUCCAGAACGCAUUUUUGCAGUUGUAGAUAUGUAUGGUGAUUGUGUGCAAGUGACUAUAACUCGCCCACCAAUUUACUCUGCUUUAUGUAAUGAGCCAAAAGAUGAAGUUGAAAUUAAUAAUGAUUAUGCUCUUGGAGAAGCAUCUAAUUCCUCAACAACAAAUCUAGUCGCUAAUUUGAAUGUUAAUUUAAAUGUUAAUGUUAAUGUUAAUUUACCCAAGAAUCCAAGCCCUGCUGCUAUUAGAGAGGAUAGACUGAGGUUUCAUGAAAGGGUUGGCUCACUGGUAAAGUUGUCCAAUAAUGCCAGAACAGCAGAAAGGCGACGACCCUUAGAUGAAUUUAAUAAUGGGGUAGUAAUGACUCAUAGGCCAUUAAGGGAUAAUGAACUAUUUGAGGUACGAAUUGAUAGACUUGUGCACAAAUGGUCAGGUAGUAUAGAAGUUGGAGUUACUAUACACAGCCCAACAGCAUUAGAAUUUCCAGCAACAAUGACUAAUAUGCGAUCGGGAACAACAAUGAUGUCGGGAUGUGGAAUUUUGGUAAAUGGAAAAGGCACGUAUCGUGAAUAUGGAGAAUUUAAUCUAGAUGAAUUAAGGGAAGGUGAUAGAGUAGGUAUGAUAAGGCGAAGAAAUGGGAAUCUUCAUUAUUUAAUAAAUGGAUUAGACCAAGGUAUUGCGGCUAAAGUACCUGCAGAUGUGUGGGGUGUUAUAGAUUUGUAUGGUAUGACCGUAAAAGUGACAAUCGUCGAUCGUGAUGAAAGAGAGGAACAAAAUUUAGUUACUAGAAGGAACACGUUGCAAUUGCAAGGUCUAAAUGAAGCAGAAGAAGAACCACCAGACAGACUCAUGUUUCAUUCCUUUUGUGGGUCACAUGUUGAAGUGAUUAAUAAUGGACGUACUGCGCAUAGGUCUAACAUAAUAGACGAUUUUAACAACGGUGUUGUAUUAACAUCGAGACCAUUGAAACCAAAUGAAUUAUUUGAAGUGAGAUUAGACAAAAUUGUAACAAAAUGGGCAGGAUCUAUUGAAAUAGGAGUUACCACACAUUCCCCGACUGAACUGGAAUUUCCUUUUACUAUGACAAACGUUAGAUCCGGCACGUGGAUGAUGACAGAAAAUGGAGUGUUGCAUAAUGGUACUACUAUAAUAGAUCAAUAUGGGCAGAAUCUCGAUCGACUACAAGUUGGGGAUCGUGUAGGUGUAAUGAGAAAAGAUAACGCAACGUUGCACUUUUAUGUGAAUGGUGCUGAUCAAGGAGCAGCGGCAAUGAACGUGCCUGAAAGAGUUUACGGUGUUAUAGAUCUUUAUGGACAGGCAGCACAAGCAACUAUAGUUGACAAUACAGACCUCUAUAGUCCCACUACAAAUAAUUCAAGCUUUAGCAAUACAACUUUAUAUAGUGAUUUGAGGUUUCAUCAUAUACAUGGUAAGAAUGCAAAAAUAAUAAACAAUGGGUUGACUGCAUUAAGGCCUAGAGCUUUAGGAGAAUUCAACGAAGCCAUCGUGAUUGCAAAUCGUGCUCUUCGCGAUGGCGAAAUGUUUGAAGUGACUAUUGAUAAAAUGGUUGAUAGAUGGACAGGCGCGAUCGAAGCAGGCGUGACACUUAUAAGACCCGACGAAUUGGAAUUUCCAUCUACGAUGACAGACAUCGAUCACGAUACUUGGAUUUUGUCUGGAUCUAAUGUUAUGCGUGAUGGUGUUACUCUACGAAAUAAUUAUGCCUGUGAUUUAGACAAGUUAGUAGAAGGUAAUCGCAUUGGCAUGAUGCGAUGUUCAGAUGGUAGCUUGCAUUAUUAUUUAGAUGGAGUAGAUCAGGGAGCUGCUUGUACAGGUUUACCACCGCACGUAUAUCCUGUGAUUGAUUUGUAUGGUCAGUGUGUUCAGGUCACAAUUGUACUACCAGAACGCAGGGAUCCAAUGACACAACAGUAUUUGCCAUCGGAAAAUAGUACUAGUCAACAGCCUACAUCCGUAAUACAACUUCAAGCUCAAGCAGAAAUAAUGCAUAAGUUUCACGAGUCUGUUGGCUUGAAUAUUCAAUUGAAUAGCGAUAGAACGGUAGCGACUAGAUGUGGAGAGCCCAAUGAUGCUAUAUUAUUAAGCGAAACACCAUUAGAGAAUAAUGAAAUUUUCGAAAUUGCCAUUCAAGAAGCCGACCGGAAAUGGAGCGGCUGUUUAAGGAUAGGUGUUGUGAAAAAUGAAAGUGGAAAAUGGUUGACAUCUAUAAACCUUGUACCUGGUAUAGGAUCCAUUUCAACAGAUGCUUGGUACUUAAUAGGUAAUGAGGUAAGACAUAAUGGAUACGUUUUGUGUAUGAAUUACUGUCCAAGUUUGGAAUGGUUGCGUGUUGGUGAUAAAAUUGGAAUGAAGCGUACGCACGAGGGUAACUUAAAAUUUUAUAUAAAUGGAGAAGACAUGGGUGUAGCCGCGUCAGAUAUACCAGAAAUGGUAUACGCUGUGGUCGAUCUUUUUGGUAGUACAGUGGCUGUACAUAUAACAAGUACUAAACAACAAAACAAUGCGGUGUCUCCGAAUGCUAGUUUGAGAUUGCAAGACUCUUUGGAGUUACUAUUAGAUCCUAUGCCGCCUGUUUUACGAAAUGACGUUGGAAUGGAUACAUCGGUAGAUGUAUCUGAAGGAAAAUUAAUAAACGAUACAACACUCACCCCAACGCAAUCUGCUGCUCAUUUAGUAGGGGAAAGCGAUUGGAUUUACGAGUUUCAUGAGAAUCAUGGUAGAAAUAUACAACUUGAAACUAAAACUAUUGCUCGGAGGGUUGCAAGUUACAAUCAAGGAGUGGUAAUGUCUAGUCGUCCCUUAAUAAAAGGCAAGCCAUUUUUAGUGAAAAUAGAGAGGCUGAACGAACGAUGGGUCUCUAACAUUCUAUGUGGCGUAACUUGCAUCUCACCAGAAAAAGCUAACUUUCCUUUGACCGCUCUUGGUUUUAAAAAACAUUCGUGGAUUAUUUGUAGUGACUGGAUAUCACACAAUGGUAUUAGGGUAAAAACAAAAUACGGAGCUACUUUGGAAAGUCUUCAGUCUAAUAAUGUAGUAGGUUUGUUUAUCGAUGACGAUAACAGGUUACAUUUAAUUACCAACGGUGUGGAUCAAGGCGUAGCUGCAACGGAUUUACCCCCUUAUGUUUAUGCUGUAUUUGAUCUGUAUGGACAGUGUGAACAAGUUUCCAUUGUUGGAAACAACGGGGAGUCGUUUUCAUCUACUACUACUGUUAACAACGUUGUAACGUCUAUAGAAAGUAUAAGAACAAAGCUGGAGGAUGCUGAAAACUCAAGAGAGAAAGCAGACUUAGAGUGUCAUGAGAAAGAAAACAUCAUCGCAGCAAUUUCUUCGGAUUUAUCUUCCUCUACCUCACCGAGUAUGCCGAGUCAGUGCAGUUCAAACACUAAAGACGAUGACAUUGUAGUAUAUUCAACGUGUAACAACGACAAUGUGCAUUUAGCGAAUAAUAUCGAGAACAAAGCAGUGCCCAGUAACUCAGACAGUAAUAAUUUGGAAUCGAGUACGGACAUAAGCCAUGAAAUAGCACGAAGUAUUAAAAACAAGAGUUACGACAAUUCAAAUCAGCUAAAUAAUAGCGCGAUAUUGCACAGCCAUUCAGAAAAUUCGAGUAUUAGAAAUGAAUGUACAAAUGUAGAGAUAAAUAACGCGACUAAUAUUAAUAUUAAAAAUGGCACCGCAAACAGUACCAGUAAUAUAACUAACUUAAAUACUAACGCUAAUAAUGCGAUAAACGAAAGCAUAGCGUCCAAUAGUCAAGGAAAUAAUUUAAGCACUUCACAUCAAAAUAAUACGUCUAUUAAUAUAUUAAGCUCGUCACAGACAUUCUCGUCUCAGAAUACACUGAGUAAUGCAACAUCUGAUAUUUCGAACACUGUUUCUUCUAGUUUCAACGAUGUGCGUUCAAACGUGUCCUGCUGGAACAAUGCGGUGACCGUCGAUAAUUCUAUUGGCGGAAAUACAACUAUUUUAGGACAAAAUACAGUCCUUAUUCAUAACGCACCUUCGUUGCAACUGCUGCAAGCUCCAUCGUUACCGUCCACUCCUCUUGGAACGAACAUUAUACCUUCGAAAAAGUGCGAGUAUUUGAAAACGUGUAUGAGGCUGAAAAAGUCACUGGUUCUACCGGAUGAAUUCUUUUCCCUAGAAGAUGUACUGUGUUACUGUAGCAACUGUUAUAAAGUAGAAGGGGAUAGUGCAAUUUGUAAAAAAGGCGAACCACCGGCAGAGUUUGCUGUCCCAAUUGGGUGGACCAGAUUUCCAUUGAAACAAAGUAUUAAUGCCAAUCAGAUUCCGCAUAGUACAACUGAUAAGUGGCAUGUUGCUUUUUAUGGUAUACGUCUCGAUGCGAUCAGGCUGAUUCUUGAUACGGGAGAACUUAUGACAAAAGAGCAAUUGGACGUGAGUAAUUUAACGAUGAAUACAAAGGCUGAAGACCAAAAUCCUCAGGUAGUCUUUUCUCCUAGCAUAAAGUAUGCAGCAUCCGAAGAAUUUACCAGGAAGUACCCGUACAUCGAUACGCAAUCGAAUAAAAAGUUGAAUGUUUCCACGGCAUUCCAAUUAUUAGUGAGGCCCGGCUCGUAUACGAUCAGUCCUGGUGGCAAAGACAGCGAUGAUCCGCAGUUCGAAUCUAUAAAGUGGGCUACCAAAGAAGCCGGGGCUACGGUGAUCGUGGCCCUCUUGAUACACCUCGAUGGAUUUUAA